GUUUUUAUAUGUGUCAUAGCGAAAAAUAAAAUCUUCCAAUGUAUUAGAUGAAAUAUUGUCAUAAUUUUCACAAACUAUUUUUUCAGCUGCAAUUUUAAUGUGUAGAUCAACUGUUUAAUACCAUGGAUCGCACAAUAAUUGCUGUGCAGCGUGCAGAAGAACGAGAACUCAGUGAAAAGUUGCAUAAAAAACUGCGCGGGCUGGGUCUAUUGCAUCCGCAAACAGAUGAACUGCGAAAAUGUCUUAACGAAGAAAUGUUCAUUAAACCAAAUGCUCAGGCAUUUUUUCAUGUAAUGCAUUAUUUGUUUUGUUUAUUGGAUCCGACUGAGUUCAAAAAGCGCUUCUAUUGGCCUAUCACAGAUAAACGUUCAGAGGCGAAUUUCCGCACAAGCACUGUUGAAUACUUGAAACACUUAAAUGAGAAACACAAACUGCAAUGGGGGGAUAUUAAAUCAUACUUAGUAGUAAUGCCUGGAGGUAAGAAAUUCAUCAUAUUUCUUUUGGAUUUGGUAGCAUUCGUUGUGCAAGAGCAGAUACGCUUUCGAGAAAAACUACUAGGCGCCGAUGUGGAAGCUGGACAUGUGGCUGAUCUAAAUCUAAAGCGUAUGCGAAAACAAAAUUCAUUUUUCAAGGAUUAUGCCUCAGCCUAUAUAAGCAAUGUAGAUGAACAAAUUGUGCAAUUACGUGGGAAAACUCAGCAACUGGAGAAAAUAUUUAAUACGCUUGCACAAGAAACGGGUAGCAGUAAAAAUGAAUUAUGCAACGGACAAUUUAUUGAACUAUUUGAAAAAUCAAAUCGAGAAGUGUUUCAAGAGAAAUUUGUUAAGGGAACUGCCAUGGUUCGUGAAUUGGAAGAACCACUUGCCGAACUAAAAGAACGGAUAGAUAAAUUUCAAUUGAAAGAGGCGGAAAUGAAAUACGAUAAAUGUCGAGUGCGGCAUGCUCUUCAAAAGAUCACUGACGCCUUGCCGGCCGAAAAUACGGAACAGUCAGAAGUAUUUUUACAUCCCAGUGUGAAUGCCUUAGAUGAUAUCAAGUUAAACGAGCUCAUAAUUGCAUUUAACUUAAUCCAUCCCAUAUUAGAAAAUGCUUUCAGUGAGGUGGAACAAACUAGAACUUCUGGGGAACUUGUCCAAGCAGAGUUAACCGCACUCAAAACUGAAUUUCAACAAAUAGAAAUGCAAGUCACAGGUUUCCAAUUAUCGCUGAACUCACAAAUGAAAAAACGUUCAAAUCAUCGCAAGCAAACACCAGGACAUAUUAGCGAUGACUGCAACUCGCUAAUGAUGAAAUAUGUUUGCACGCCACCAAUCAAACUGGAAGCGCUUAGCACUGGCCGUUUGGAUAGUAUGCGUUUACCACUUUUUGCAGAUAUACAAGCUAAAAUUGCCAACGACUCAUUAUGUGGUAAUGUUUCAGUAUUGCCUCGUUCUGCAAGAAAACUAAAUAUUAAAGACAAUUCGAUCGAUUUGAAUAACACAUUGAACAAGUCGCGCAUUAUUGAUUCCACACAGCUUCUCCGCACUAUUCAUAAGGGCAGCUUGCGUGCACAACGUCAAAAAUCCCAAAGUAAUACGUCUACGUCCAAAGCUUUACUGAGCACUAGUUGGCGGGAACGUCAAAAUAUCUUUCAUAAGGAUUUGCAGUCUGAACCAGUUAUUUUAACAGAAAAAACAGUCCAAUCUAAUAACUUAAAUAUAAGCGUCGACCGCCCAGCAGACCUUGUGAAUAGUAUUCAACAUCUAAGUGGACAACAUGCCAGUGCUUCACCCUACACACCUUUUAAUUCAAAUGAGCGGACACGUAUCGCACGCACACAACUACUCGAAGCUAUAAGCAGUAGUAGUGGGAGUGGUGGAGGGACAAAAGCAAAAGUUUUAUACACUAGACGACUUUCAGCCGUGCAGAAAGUCCAAGGAGAUUCUAUGAAUAUCGCCAAUAUGAGCACAAGUCCUUCUGGGCGAUUAGAUGCACUAGUGCCGACGCCAACUGAAUUCACUGAUACGCCAAGACUCAAAUUGAACGACAUCACAAUGCAGGAAAAUACAAUUUUCGUUGACAGAACUGAGGAGCGUGUGGCCGCUGUGCAAGUGUUGGAGUUGUCUUCCAGAUGUGUGCUCGUGACAGAGAAUGCAAGAAACGUGAAAUUAAAUGGUGAAAACGAUCAAAAUAUAAUUAAUACCCCGAAAUGUGCUCAACCCAAGGCUCGGCAAAUGCCGACACAAAUAAUUGCCGAUGAUGAUAAUUUAUUCGAUAUAAGCGAUACCGUACUAAAUGAUGUUACAAUGUAGUCAAAUACUCAUAAACUACUUUUUACACGCAGACACAUUCAUACAUAUACAUAUACGAAACAUGCAUGGAUACAUUUCAUUAUAAUAUUUUGCGGUUUGCAUUUUUUAUAUUUCGCUUUCCACAUAACUGUUUGGUAAUAAACUCAGAUUAGUUUUUAAUAUAAAGAAA